AUGGCAGCCGCAGCAGGCACCAGUGAAGUGCAAGGACUUGGCAUGGAGGAAUUCCAUGGGUGCACCCUCCUCCAUCUUGCUUGUGAAACUGUAGAUAUUUGGAUGAUUGAGCUGCUCUUACAGUAUGGGGUAGCUGCGCUUUCUGGAAAUAGAAACUUUGAAUUGCGUGUUCACCCACUAACAAGAGACAAUUACUUGGCUUCACUUCCCUUGGUUGUAGCUUACGCACUUAUCGGCACGUUAUGUGGUAGUAAUCCUUCUGAGGGGGUGUUUGUUGGGCUGCUUCUUUCAAUGUCAUUAACAACAGUGGUUUUGAAGUUUUUGAUGCAAAAGAAUAGUGUUAAUGCUCUUCAUAGAAAAGUAUCACAUCCAAUUGGAAGUAAAUAUAAGCAUAUCUUGCAGGGGCCUCUAAAAGAUUCUCCUGUUCUUAUGUAUUUUCCUGGUUUGGAAGGAACUGGAACUGCCUUGUUGUACAUGAGAAAACUCUUGGAAAGUGAGUUGAAUUUGGCUAAGUAA